UGGAAGCCAGCACAUUUUUCGGUCUUUUAUUAGAGAGGACUCUAAGGACCUAUCAAAGUUUUCUAUUUACAUUAAACCUCCGAAACUUCCUAGUCUUCCUGGUAAUGAAAUAGUAACUAAACCGUACACAGAGAAAAUACAUAAGCACUAUGACAGUUUCAUCGUUCGAAUGAUGUUUCUGCUAUUAAAUCAUGAUGAUUAUGAACGAAACCCUGCGCUUAGAGAUACAAAGUUACGAUUUGAAAAGGAACUUGAUGAAACAACAAUUUUUAAGCUAGAACUUAACAAACAUCAAAAGGCUUAUUGGGCUGAAAAAGAUCCAAUUGAUAUUUACAAUCCAAUGACAAUGCAGAGGAUCCAGAGUGAGUUUCCUUAUGUGGAGUGGAAAGAGUUCUUUAGAAGAAUGCUUCCGAAAUCAAUGAAAAUUCCUAAUGAAAUAAUUGUAGUUGGUUCUAGUUACUUUACAAGCAUCAAAGACUUACUGCUUAAAACUAGUAAAAGAACCAUAGCAAAUUUUUUGAUGGUCGAAAAUUGUUUAGAAGCAUCUCUGUUUUUACCGAAGCAGUAUUUUGCCACAUACAAUAAAUUCACAACGCAAAUCGGUAUACCUAAUGUCAAAAGAAGCCAGGUCUGCGAUAAAAUCUUACAAACUACACUGAAGGGGGCACUUUCCUCACUGUUCCUUCAAACCUAUGUUUUUACAGAAGAGUCUCAACACAUCUUAAAUGAAAUAGCAAUUGCGAUGAAAGAAAAUAUGAAAAAAAACAUUGACAGUUUGGAGUGGAUGGAUGAAAAAACUAAGGAAGAGGCUUUUUUAAAACUGAAAAAUGUAAGAUUUGCUUUGUCCUUAUCUGAUGAUGAGAUUCAUGAACUGCAAGAUGCAGAAGCUCGUGCAAAAUACUUUGAAGAUCUCUGUUUGGGUCGGCAAGUGAGCCAUGUGCUACCAUCUUACUUCUGUGUCAACAAAUACCUCUUAAAUAAAAACUGGGAGCUGCUGUCGAGGAAACCCACAGUUUUUGACAAGGACAUUGAUGUAUUCUCCAAAGGAAUUACAUAUGAUCAGAAAAGAAACAGCCUUUUGGCUGUAUAUGGUGUUUUAAAAUAUCCAGCUUUCGAUGGGAUUUGGCCAAUGUACAUGAACUAUGGAGGUAUUGGAAGUGUAUUAGGUACAGCUUUCACAAAUGGCUUUGACAUAUCAGGUUCCAAUUAUAACUAUAUGGGAUUUAAAAGUAAAUGGUGGACAGCAGAAACUGAAAAUCUCUACAAUAAACAGUGUGAGUGUUUUGAAAAGGAAUAUGAGGUAUAUGCCCAAAAUUUGACUGGACUAACGUUAAUCAAAUGGGAUUCUAAGGAUAUAUGUACUCAAGUGUCAAAGUUUGAAGGAGUCAAUUUGGCUUAUCAAGCUUAUAAGACGUUUCUACAGACAAGAUUUUUGAAGGAGCAAAGUUUACCUGGUUUUGAAGACUUUACAGCUGAGCAACUAUUUUUCAUCAGUUAUGCCAACAUUGGUUGUGGGUAUUAUAGAAUAAAGAAACUUCAAUCAGUUCUAACGAAAGGGAAUGAUAUCAUUUAUGAAUACAGAAUCAUUGGGAGCUUGCAGAGUUUACAGGAAUUCAGUGAGGUAUUUCAAUGUAAGCAUGGGAACAAAAUGAAUCCAGAGAAAAAAUGCAAAUUUUUAUUUUAAAUUAAUGAUAAAACACUCUAAAAAUAAAAUAUUACAGUAAAAAAAUCUUGUACAAUGUUUUUAUUGCACAAGAAAAAAAAACAAGUAA